AAUAAAUCCCACUUGAUCUUGGUGUGUGAUCCAUUUAAUGCAUUGCUGAAUCUGAUUAAGAAAUCUCUCAAAUCUCAUUGAUGAGAUGGAUUGGAUUAUCUACUUUCCAUCUAUUGAUGGAUCUAUUAUCCACAUUCAUCUAUUGAUGAGAUGGAUUGGCUCAUCCAGGAUGGAUUGGAUUAUGUACUGAUUGGAUUAUCCACUCCCUCUAUAUAAGGGGAAGCAGAAGCAGAAGCCAGUGUAUUCUCCAGCAAACCACAGGCUGUCUGCAUCUCAGCAGUGGGUCAGAAAACAACUCAGUGGUGUGGAAGAUGGAGAACCUUGCAUCCACUAGCUUUAGAAGCCAGCAUCAUCGUCUGGAGAAGCUCAAGAGAAAUAUGAUGUCCCAGGCACUGGAGGAGAAAAGACAAGUCCACUUAGCCAGGACCAAGCAGAGACAUCGUGACAGAUCUGGCCUUCCUCUAAGGCUCACCAGCUGCAUUUUCAAGAGGCCAGUCACAAAGAUAACUGCUCAUCCUGGCAACAAGGUCAGGCGCAGUCAACAAGAGGAGACCCUGAAGAAGCCCCAGCAAGUCUGUGCAUUCAGGAGACUGCAGGGGCUCCAGGCCUACAGUCCUGAAGGAGACCUUUUCAGUACCUUGGAAAGCGCAAAAAUAUCCAGCGACAUUGCCCCUGGUGGUGCAGUUGAAUCCAACAGUCUUGCUGGUGCAAGGUCACUGCACCCCAGCACCAAGGCCAUCCCUGCCCAGUCUUCAGAUGGGGCAGAGAUGAUCCCGGGAUUGGGGCUCUUCCUCACCCAGUCCCUCUGCAAACAACCAGUAAUAACAUAUGGCCAUAUUCGCCGGCAGGCUCAGAAAGUGAAGAAAGCAAGAGAGAGGCUGGCUAUGGCCUUGAGGGCAGACAAGCUGGCCAGGGAGGCAGAGAGAGCCAGGGGUCUUGGGAACUUAGAUGAAAAGUAGAAGCGUGUCCUGAAGAAGCCAAGGAGUGGCGUGGCCCUUGGGACGUGGUCACUAUGUGACAGCCCCCUACCCUUGUUCUCCUUGCCUUUGUGAAUGUUAACCCUGUUUCUUGCUCUGGACUG